AUGGCAAUCCACCUUUCAAUUUUCACUCCUUCAAUCAUCACGUUGAAGUUGAAUACAUGGCCCAACAGAACCCUAACCCAUCUCAACUGCUUAACUUCCCCCCAACCAUCACCCUCCUCUCCGCAUUCCGAUUCAACCUCAUUCCAAGUCUCCUACCUCGUCAACAAUUUCGAUUUCUCCCCACAAUUCGCUUCCAGACUUUGUUCCGCCUACCGUGUUGGUUUCAAAACCACCCAAAACCCUGACUCUGUUAUCCACUUUUUUACAAACUACGGUUUCUCUAAUUCCCAGUUACGCGACAUGAUUGCCAAGGCACCAUGGCUGCUUUCCUGGAACCUCUCCAAAACGGUGUUGCCAAAGAUUGAAUUUUUUCUCUCCAAAGGUGCUUCUAACUAUGACAUUGUUCACCUUGUCAGUAAGAACCCUAGAGCCUUGUCUCCUAGCUUGGAAAAUCAUAUAGUCCCAACCUAUGAAUUGCUUUAUAGAUUCUUGCAAUCAGACAGGGACUUUAUUGCUUCUUUACUUCAGAAUCCAUAUUUACUCUCUCACCAUCUUGUGCCGCGUAACAUUACAAUGCUGAUUGAGAAUGGAGUCUCUGACUCGAAUAUUUUGAGAAUUCUUCGAAACAGGAGUAGAAUAUUGAGUGCGCAUAACAUGGUGAAUUUAUUGGAGGAAUUAAAGGAUUUGGGGAUUAAUCCUUCAAGAUAUGCUUUUGGUGUAGCAUUGAUAGCCAAAACAUCAGUAAGCAAAACCAGUUGGAAGAAGAAAGUUGAUGCCUUUAAGAAAUGGGGUUGGUCUGAUGAAAAUGUCAUUGAAUCAUUUAAAAAGCAACCUUAUUGUAUGUUAACAUCCAUUGAGAAAAUUAAUUUAGUGAUGAAUUUCUGGGUAAAUCAAUUGGGCUGGAAUGCUCUGGCCCUUGCCAAACAACCGGUCAUUUUUUGCCUUAGUUUGGAAAAAAGGAUCAUUCCGAGGGCCUCGAUUCUACAAUUUCUUCUGAAUAAUGGUUUGAGAAAUAACAACACAAGCUUAACUUAUCCAUUUGCAGUGUCUGAGGAGGAUUUUGUUGAUAUGUUUAUAAAUCGUUAUGAGAAGGAGUCUUCUUAUCUAUUAAAUUUGUACCAGGAGAAACUCAAGCUCGCAGACACCGGGGACAAAAAUUGCAUGUCAUGA